AUGCUGCCGAUAUUUGUGAAACUCCUAGCUCAGCUUGGUUUCCUAGCAGCCAUUCAAGCACACACUUUGACCCCAAUCCCUGUGCGUCAGAUCAGCACUCCAGGUCCGCCUCAGGAUCCCCAGUAUAUCAAAGUCAAAGAAAUCAGUGUUCUUGGCAGCGGUUGUCCUCCCGGCUCAGCCGAUGUGCAAAUUGAUGCUACUGGAACGUUCUUCGAAAUCACCUUCUCAGCGUAUGAAGUGCAGACUGGGCCUGACAACAAGCCAGCUGAUUGGCGCAAGAACUGCAAGUUGACCAUUAACAUGGAGUUUACCUCUGGAUUCCAAUUCUCCGUCAUUGACACUGACAUGAUCGGCUUUGCCGAGAUCCCCGCGGGAGUCAAGGGCCAGUGCAUCAACACGUACUCCUUCGCCGGCAACGGCGCGGAGCACGUUAAUUACAAGAUCCCACUUGAUAGACCCUACAGCGGUAACUUUAACCUGCAGUCGCGACCCGGCAUCUAUUCGUGGUCGCCUUGUGGCGGCAGCACUGCUAUCCUCAACAUGAACACUGCCUGCAACAUCUCUCCCACCGGCAAGCCGGCGCUCAUUGCUGUUGAUCACAUCAAUGGAAAUCUCACUGUGGAGUUCCAUAUUGAAUGGCGACCUUGCCCCAAGGUUUGA